AUGACCUGGGUCUACAACUUCGGUGCAGGGAAGCGGCAAGGGCGCCAAUCUCGCCGAGGCCAGGCCGAAAUCAGUGUUGGUGGCGCCAUGGGCAAGGAAACAUUUUACUGGUAUCUACAGCCCAGUGAGAACAUUGACCACCUUACGGUAACCACGCAUCCCAAAAACUGUCGCAGCUCGCCCCUGCUGCGCCAGAUGGCCUCCAUUGGGCUUCCUGUUCCACCUGGCUUCACCCUGACCACGGAGGCUGCCAAGGGAGGUCAGUAUCCUGCAGACCUCAAGGAGCAGGUCUCGAAGGCGUUAGCUCUGGUUGAGACAAGGACCGGGCGGAAAUUCGGGGACGCCACGAAUCCCCUGCUGGUUUCGGUCCGCUCGGGUGCUCGGGCCUCCAUGCCUGGCAUGAUGGACACCGUGCUGAACCUCGGCCUGAACAACACGACUGCGGAGGCGCUGGCCAAGCAGUCGGGAGACCGGCGCUUUGCAUUCGACAGCUACCGGCGCUUCGUUCAGAUGUACUCAGAUGUGGUGCUGGGAAUUGAGCUUGGCAACUUUGAGAAGCUUCUGGAGAGGGCCAAGGCCAAGCGAGGCGUGAAGCAAGAUCACGAGCUCCUGCCGGAAGACCUGGAGCAGCUGGUCAAAGACUACAAGGCCUGCGUCUACCUGGAGCUUGGGGAGGAGUUCCCCGAGGAGCCGCACCAGCAACUCUGGGGUGCCGUGGGCGCCGUCUUUGGGUCCUGGAUGAACCAGAGGGCCAAGACCUACCGGAAGCUGCACGACAUCCCCGAGGAGUGGGGCACGGCUGUGAACGUUCAGGCGAUGGUCUUUGGCAACAUGGGCAACGACUGCGCCACGGGAGUCGCAUUCACGCGCAAUCCCUCCAACGGUGCCAAGGAUUUCUAUGGGGAGUUCCUGGUGAAUGCUCAGGGCGAGGCCCGGUCCUCCGCGCACGAUGUCGUGGCGGGCAUCCGGACGCCCCAGGAGCUGACGAUCAAAGCUCGCAAGUCGCAUGGCAGCGACUUGCCAUCGCUGGAGGAGGUGAUGCCGAGCAUAUUCCAAGAGCUGGAGACAGUUCGCCACCAGCUGGAGAACCAUUACACGGACAUGCAGGACAUCGAGUUUACCAUCCAGCAAGGCAAGCUGUACAUGCUCCAGACCCGCACGGGGAAGCGCACGGCCCACGCGGCCCUGCAGAUUGCGGUGGACAUGGCCUCCGAGGGGCUGAUCAGCAAGUCGCAGGCCCUGAUGCGCCUGAAGCCCGAUCUCAUCGACCAGCUUUUGCACCCCACGCUGGACCCCAAGGCCAAGAAGACCGUCAUUGCCAAGGGCCUGCCAGCCUCGCCAGGGGCGGCUGCCGGCAAGGUGGUCUUCACGGCCGAUGAGGCUGUGACUCGCUCGGAGAACGGAGAGAAGGUGAUUCUGGUGCGAGUCGAAACGAGCCCAGACGACAUCCAUGGACUGCAUGCGGCAGAGGGCGUCUUGACUUCUGGCCUGCAUCAGACAUGA